AUGGAAUCUAUUCAGGUACAAAAAAAGCUUUUGGAACAAAUGUAUUUUUCGAUUGAUGGACAUAUUAUUGAACUUCGAAUUCCAUGUAAUCGUAUUUUUAUUUCCCGUGUUCCUGACGAGACACGACCAAGUGAAUUAGUACAAUUUGUUGAAAGCGAAAUCAAGAAAUUUGAAUCGAGAGGAUAUUGUGUUGAUGCUUAUUUUCCACAUCCAUUUUGUCAAUUUGCAUUUUGCACUGUUGGUGGUGCUAAAGUUUCUGCUAGGCUUGCUAUUAAAGCAGACUUCUUUUUCAAAGGUUCUUCAGUAGGUAUCAGUACCUGUUGUGAUGGUUCUGAAUUGGAUGCUGAUCGUUUAUUGGAGCAAAAAAUUAAAGAUUUGGUUGACCAAAAUGAUUAUGCACGUAUUCGUUCUCUUCAAAGUAUUUCUACUGAAGUUAAGUCAAUGAUUCAAAUUUUGGCAAAAAUGAGAAAAUUUUCAAAUGAAAUGUCUUUGCUUAUGGUAAUUAAUUCAGAAUUUUUAAAAUCUUCAGAGGAAAAAUUGAGGAGUUAUUUAUAUGACAAUGUUUUUGAAAUGUGCAAAAAAGUGGCAUUAGAAACAAAUAAAGAAAAUGAUCAAUCAACAAACAGAAAAAGAAUUCGUCUUGAAAAUGAUCGGGAGAAAGAAAGGACAGAAGAAUUAAGCGAUUUAAGUAUUGUAGAGGAGGAUAUAGAAUUGGAUAAUGAAGACCGCGAUGAGGAUAGUUUAAAUUUGCAAAACAAAUUAAUCUAAAUU